UCUAUAAGUUGUCUAAAGCUAGAAAAGGCAGCAUUCACAGAGUUCAAACAUUCCUCGCCUCACGCUUAAAACAAAUUUUAAAUCGCGACCAAUAUUUUCGUUAAAGUGCUCUAAAAUUCUUGUCUUCAGCUGAAGAAUCUAAUAGCUCUUAAAUCCCCAUAUUUUAAGAUCUACUUCUGGUUUAUCGUGAAUAGAUUGAAGCAGCAGCUGAAAGGGGAUUGGUUUCGGUACGUCUUAUUUCAAACAAAUUUCGGCGUCGGAGGGUUUAAUAAUAUUUUUCCUGCAAAUUCUACCCACUUCUUCUCAUCGACAUCGUUGACAGCACUACACAAUUUGUGCAGAAUCUUGAGGAGAUCCAGGGAUCCUUGAAAGAAACAUGGUUACGAUAAGUUUGGUUUUGGACAUGAAUAUGUGCUGUUGAUGCAUACAGUGGAUGUAAGGGCAAGGAAAGCAUGCAUUUGUGGCAGCUGCGAGAAUGCAAAUGUCCCUUCAGUUUGUGCACCUUGUGUUAAUUACAGGAGAUCCAGGAAUCCUUGAAAGAAACAUGGUUACAAGAAGUUUGGUUUUAGACAUGAACAUAUGCACUUGAUGCAUAUAGUGGAUGUAAUGGCAAGGAAAGGAAGCACUUGUGGCAUCUGCGAGAAUGUAAAUCUCCCUUCAGUUUGUGCACCUUGUGUGAAUUCGAGGUUGAAUGAUAAGUAUAAAUUGAUCAAUGCAUUGAAACGCGAACAUAUUUCCUUGAAUAAAAGAUUGGAUGAAAAGCUUAAGGCUAAGGAUAAAGCAGGUGACCAACGGAGAUGGAUGCAGCUUCAUGCUGAAAAACUUGUACUGCUUAAAGAGCGGCUUCAUCUUAAGCAGGAUCAACUUAUGAAAGAAAAAUUCAAGCUUGAGGAGAAAACUAAUGAAUUCCAUUCCAGAGAGACCUUACUUGCAGACGCCUCUGAUAUGUUGGAAAGAAAUAUGGUGGAAAAGCUAGAGAAGUUCUAUCCAGAUGAGAUUCGUGCCCAAAACUUGGCACAUACAACAGUACGGUUAGAUCUUUUGCAGGCACAAUCCGUGGCAAUAAGACAACUUGGAAAGGUGUUUCCUCUUUGCAAAGUACAUGAUGGAGAGGGAACAAAUAAAGGUUUGAGCAGUGAUUAUCAUCAAAUUUGUGGUGUUCAUUUACCGCGAGGAACUAAUCCACAUUCAGAUUCAGUGGAAGAGCUUGGAGCAUCAUUGGGGUAUAUGUUGCAGCUUUUGAACCUCGUUGUUCGUUACCUGUAUGCACCUUUGCUUCUUACUUCUGGGUUUGCUGGUUCAUGUUCACGUGUAUGGCAAAGAGCUUCUUACUGGAAUUCUCAGCCAGCUUCUAGAAGUAACGAGCAUCCUCUUUUUAUUCCAACCCAAAUUGGCUCCAUUCCCAGUCAAGGAAAUUCUUGGUCUGAAAAAAGUUCUAGUGAUUAUGGUGUGGCAUCUAUCGAGCCAACAGGAAGGACACAUUCAGAUGGUGCUACCAGUAGCAGCUUCAAGUAUGGUAGCAGUUCUCUUCAUUCAAUCGAGACACGUACAGACCUGGAGGAAGGGAUAUGCCUUUUAAAGAAAAGUGUGGCAUGUGUCACUGCAAAUGUUUUUAAUUCAUUUUGUAUGCCUUCACCUACACAGCUGUCGACUUUUGAAGGUUUUGAAAAGAUGUUGGCAUUUGUUUGUUCAAUAAAAGCUCGGGCUUUGCUCUCUUCAAAUGAAGCCAAGUCAAGGUCUAGAAGAUACAUGCAGCAGCCUAACAAGCUUGGAAUAGAUCAAUCAGUAGCUGAUUCCAGAAUAUCAUCAAGCAGUUUAGGGGAGAGCAAACAUGCAAAAACUGUGAUGCCUAAUAACCUAGGAGAGGAUCAAUCAAUAGCAGAUUCCAGAAUAUCAUCAAGCAGUUUAAGAGAGAGCAAACAUAAGUCUCUCCCAAGAGGAGAUGGGUCAAGGCGAAUUACGAGUUUGGCUUAUCCAAAUCAACUAUCAGACGCGGAAAAAGCACAGAGUGUGUUUGACGAGUGGGACAUGGUGGAACAUCCUACAUUGCCUCCACCGUCCUCACAGCCAGAAGACAUUGAGCAUUGGACAAGGGCAAUGAUGCUAACAGACAAGGGCAAUGAUGCUAAAAAAAAGUGACCGUGUACAGUAUCGUGAAAAGCAUCAUUUCAUUAGAUUUGCAAUUUGUCAUCUUUUUUUUUCUUGUAUAUUCAGUAUUGUAUAUUUGAUAAUUGUGGUCACUUUUAAUGUGCUUAAAGAUCAGAAUGGAUUGUAGGACCGAUCGAUGUUUGUAAAUCCUUGCUGCGAAGUUUGAGUUAGUUGAUGUCAACUUUCGUUGUAUUUGUAUCAUUGGACUCCUAUGAGUUGAAUUGUAUAGAAGGACGUAAUGAAGCAUAAAAUGUAUAAUAAAUGAUAAUAUCCAUAAUCCUAAAUCGAGAUAAACUUGAAGAAAAUAGGAACCAUUAACAACGUCCCUUAAGAUCAUCUUGGUUAAUCAAGGUCAUGAGUAUGACAUCCCAUUUGAUUA